UACAUAUUUAUGUACAAUAUUCUGCCUAUAAAAGACCCAGCGCAAUCUCAACUGAACAAGUGCUGUUCGAGAAGCGUUAAUGAUCGGUCCUCUGCUCGCGAUUCGAUAAUAUAACGAUUUUUAAACUGCUCAUAAAAUGAUUCUAACUGCAAUACUUUUUCUGCUUGUGGGUGCAUUGAGUGCCAUCUACAUGUGGUUUCAACGAAAUCACAGCUAUUGGAAGCGCAAAGGAAUUCCUUAUAUAAAGCCUACUCCCAUUUUGGGUAAUACCUUGACGGUGUUCCAGCAGGCGAACUCCUUUGGCAUGCAUAUCUCGAAUAUAUACAAGGAUCCUCGGAUGGAGCACGAGCCUGUCGUGGGCAUCUAUGUCAUCAAUAAGCCGGCUCUGAUCAUCCGGGAGCCGGAACUCAUCAAAUCUGUUCUGAUUAAGGAUUUUAAUCGUUUCUCGAAUCGUUAUGGACGCUGUGAUCCUCAUGGAGAUCCCUUAGGUGCAAAUCAGCUCUUUUUUGUGCGUAAUCCACAGUGGAAGGAGAUUCGCACCAAGUUGACGCCAGUCUUUACCAGUGGUAAACUGAAAGCUAUGUAUCCUCUGAUGCAGGAGAUAGGCGCAGAUUUGGAAUCGCAUUUGGCAAGACAUAAUCCCGGCAUGAAAGGCCCCUAUAUCUCGGAUAUUAAAAGUGUUUGCUCGAGGUUCACAGCAGACUCGAUUGCAACCAUUGCCUUUGGUAUUCGCGCUGACAGCUUGCAGAAUCCGGAUGCAGAGUUCCACAGACAGGGACGGAAGGUUUUGGAGGCAACUUUACUGCGCAGCAAGGAUUUCUUUGUGGCCUUCUUUCUGCCAAAGCUCGUGUCCCUGCUUCGUGUCAAGUUCUUCACGCAGGAGUAUACCGAUUUUAUACGCAAGAGCAUAACCCAUGUGAUGGCGGAACGAGAGCGUUCGUCCACCAUUCGCAAUGAUCUCAUUGAUGUAUUAGUGGGACUAAGAAAAGAGGCAGCCCAGGAUCCUUCAAAGCCGCAUCUGGCCAGAAACAAGGAUUUUCUGCUUGCUCAGGCGAGUGUCUUCUUCACUGCUGGAUUUGAGACAUCCUCAUCGGCUAUGAGCUUUGGUCUCCUGGAGCUGGCCAAACAGCCGAUCCUCCAGGAUAGAUUGAGGCAGGAAAUCAAUGAAGCUCUGCUGAAGGAUGGCGGAAACUUGAACUACGAGACAAUCAAUUCAAUGGAAUAUCUCGAUAUGGUGCUGAAUGAGGUCCUCCGCUUGUAUCCAGUGUUGCCCUUCCUCGAUCGAGAGUACCAAGGCAUCAAGGGUCAGACGGAUCUCUCCUUGGAACCCUACUACAACUACAAGUUGGAGACGGGCAUUCCAGUCUUCAUACCUGUCUAUGGUCUGCAACGUGAUCCCAAGUACUGGCCAAAUCCGGAUCACUUUGACCCCGAACGCUUCUCGCCUGAGAAUCGCAAGUCGAUUGUUUCCCUGGCCUAUCAGCCCUUUGGUCUGGGCCCUCACAACUGCAUUGGCAGUCGAAUUGGCCUGCUCCAGGCUAAGCUGGGACUGGUGCACUUCCUCAAGAAUCACUACGUGCGCUGCUGUUCGAAGACUGUUAAGGAUGUGGAAUUCGAUCCAAAUACCUUUAUACUGCAACUGAAAACAGGCCCCUUCCUGGAGAUUAUUUACGAUGGACUUUACGAUGAUAAGGCUUUUACCAUGCUGCCAUUUUGGUUGUUUCUGCUGCUCCUCACGAUCUUUUUCAGCUAUCUACGCCUGCAGUAUUGUUAUGGCUACUUUGGACGCCAUAAUUUACCCUUUUUGUCCGCCUCCAACUGGCUGCCAUUGGGUCAUCUGAAGGAGCUGCUGUUCCUGCGCAUCUCAUUUGGAGAUCUUUUCCAGAAUAUCUACGCGAAUGCAGGGAUCAGUCAGGAGAAGCUGGCAGGCUUCUUUAUCUUCCGAACGCCUGCACUGAUCCUAAGGGAUCCGGAGCUAAUACGUCUAGUGCUGAUCAAGCGAUUCGAUAGCUUCUUGAAUCGAUAUGAAGCCGCCGAUGCAGUCAAGGAUUCGAUGGGUUCACUAACGCUGCCGUUGGCCAAGUAUCAUCAGUGGCGGGAGAGUCGCCAGUGGAUGUCCCAGAUGUUUACCAGCGGACGGAUGAAGCAUCGAAUGUAUCCAUUGAUGCAGCAGGUGCUCCACGAUCUGGAGCGGCAUCUGCAUAGGAAAAUGGGUGGACAAAUGCAGCGAGAGCUUCCAUUAAGUGAGAUGUGUCAGCUGUAUACGACGGAUGUGACGGGCAAGCUAUUCUACAGCUGGGAUGUGGGUGGACUGCGUCAUUCCUAUUCCCCAUUGAGGCAACAGACCAAGGAGCUCUUUAGGCCCAGCCUUAGGAAGGUGCUGCACUUCAUGUGCGUCUUCUUUCUGCCCCAAUGGACGGGCUACUUGCAUGCCAAGGUUUUUUCCGAGCCAUAUGCCCGGUUCAUGCGACAGCUGGUGAGACAGCAUCCUGGCCAGCAUCAAGGUGAUCUUAUUGAUCAAUUGGAGCAGCUACAACACAAUCGACCUGGCACACAUUAUGCCCAGCAUCCGGAUUUCAUUGCCUCCCAGGCUGGCAUCAUUUUGCUGGCCGGAUUUGAGACAUCAUCCGCCUUGUUGGGAUUCACUCUUUAUGAGCUGGCCAAGCAGCCGGAACUGCAGCAGCGACUGAGGCAGGAACUGUGUGCCGCCUUUGGAGGCGACUCCUUGCUAAGCUAUGAAGUGGCAGUUGCUUUGCCGUAUCUCAAGAUGGUCUGCCUGGAGGCACUGCGUCUUUAUCCCGCUGCCGCCUUUAUUAAUCGGGAAUGCACGCCAGGUCAGAGCGAAGGCUUCUCCCUGCAACCACAUGUGGAUUUUGUGAUACCCGCCGGCAUGCCAGCUUAUAUAUCCAUAUUGGGAUUGCAUCGUGAUUCAAAGUACUGGCCCAAACCCCUGCACUUUAAUCCCGAACGCUUUGCACCCGAGCAUAUUGAAAGCAUUGUGCCCAUGACUUAUAUACCCUUUGGAGCUGGUCCUCAUGGUUGCAUUGGAAGUCGUCUCGGUCUAUUGCAACUCAAGUUAGGAGUUGCCCAUAUCCUGAGAUCGCAUCGUGUGGAGAUUUGUGAGCAAACAGUGUCUGAAAUCCGCUUCAAUCCCAAGACAUUCAUGCUGGAGUCUGUGGAUGAGAUCUAUUUACGAUUCUGUAAAGAUCCCUGCUAGAUACUAUAUAUCAUUCAUUCCGCAAUUACUAUCUGGCUGUGAUACCAACGAAUCAUCAUCAAUAAACGCUUACUAAAUCAUCUAAUUAUCU